UCUUUCUUUCCGCCCUCCUCAAAAGCCUGCCUCGCUCCCUUCGCUCUGUCCUCCGCUUCCAUCCAAGAACUCCAUCAAAACCCUAGCAAGCUCUGGUCACGCUACGGUCAUCCGAUUUUACGCUUACCUCCAACAAUGAGCAGUUUCAGGCGCUUCGAGCUCCUUGAUUCCCCUUUUUCCUUCCUCUACCACGAGACCGCUCUCUGUUCCCCAACUCCACCCCUCUUCCCCCCUUUCUCCCCCUCCUUCGUGUCGGCGGCGGCGAUCGCCGACGAGGAGGUGGAGCAUCAGCUAGGGUUCUCCCUGGACCUCCUGAACGCUAUCCCUAGCGCCGUCGAUCUCCCCUUGAAAUGCCUCCUUCCCUCACCGGCGAUCUCUUCCUUCGAUGUCUUCGACGCCGCCACCGAUCUGAUACACUUUCGGCGGUUCCAGGAGCGGGCGGAGACGGAGCUCCAGCUCCGGAGCCUCUGCGAUCGCGUCACCGCCCUCGAGCUGGGGCUGGGGCGAGCGCUGGGUUCCUCCUCCUCCAGGCUUGACCGCAAGUACACAUGGACGGCGGAGUUCAAGGGGGCGAAGGAGGAGGAGUUUGAUCGGAAGUACAAGUGGGUGGCAGAGUCUAAGGGCGGGGCCGAGAGGAACUUGAGGUGGACGGCGGAGUUCAAGGGGCAGAAGGAGGACGGAUUUGAUCGGAGGUAUAAGUGGACGGCGGAGAAGAAGGGGGAGGCGGAUCGGAACGUGAAGUGGACGGCGGAGAUCAAGGGGAAGGGGAAGCACGCACCGGUGGCGCACACGUAUACAUUCCAGGCGGCAGAGAAGCCGGCGGCGGAGGAGAAGGGGGAGAAGAAGGGAAAGAUGAAGGAGAAAGAGGCGGCGACGCUGCGGGUGGUGGAGAUCGAGGAGAAGAAUCCGGGAGCCAUCGCCAUCAGGAAGGCUUUUGCCAAGAGCAGUAACAAGGGUAAGAAGAAGGAAUUAUCACGACAAGAUGCUGCAUUGAUUAUUCAGAUGACUUUCAGGGCCCAUCUGGUUCGACGUUCUCAAGUGCUUCGUUGCCUUAGAGAUCUGGCAGUGGCCAAAGGCAAACUUAAGGAAAUCAGGGCCUUAUUCUAUAAUUUCUCUUAUCGCCGUCGCUUAGCAAAUGAUGCGGAAGAACGCCAGAGGUUCUGUGAGAAAAUAAUUGUUCUUCUCCUCACUGUUGAUGCCAUUGAGGGACCGGAUUAUAUGGUUCGAGCAGCAAAGAAGUCAAUGGUGGAGGAGCUGGAGGCAAUGCUUGAUGUUGUGGAUCCACAGCCGCGUGCUACGCUGGGUUCCUUGAAGCGUAGAAGAUUUGAUCUUCCUGAUGGUGGUCCCAUUCCAAAGGAGCUGAUCGCUGGUGUGGAAGGGGUUGUCCAGGUGCUUGAACAGGAAGAUUAGGAGAACAAUGCUUCCUAGCGAGAUGAUAAACCUUUUGGUCUGAAACUUCCUCUGUGAGAGAGGGUUGCAGAGGUUCUAUGGUUUUUUUCUGAGCAUGAUAGUGCUGCUUAGGACAUCUUUGUUGUAUGGUUACGAGUUGAGAUAUGAAACUUGUCAGGAAGGCUUGCUAGACAAUUUUUCCUUUUAAGUUGGACAAUCCUGCUGCUGCUCUUGCUUAGUCUGUGAUAACUCAAAUUUAUGGUGCCACUUCUGCUACCAUUUGCUGUUAAUCUGACAGUCAUCGUGUCUGUGGAUUAGCACAAGCUUUGAGGAAUUUGGAUGCACUAAUGCUUUUUAA